ACGACCUUCCAAUUCAGCUAUCUUUAUUUAGCAUAUCUGCGGCAGAGAGACGAUUCUCUACUAUUCCAGACUCAACGGAAUGCAGUACAGACGGAAACACGGACAGAUUAGAAGUCUUUUCUGACAGUAAGAAGGCAUCUUAAGGACCGGAACUGUGGCUUUCGUGUUGGACCUACGGCUGAUAUGAGAAGCGACAGAACGGAAGUAGUUUUGAGCGAACGGCGGAGCAACUGUGGAUGUGGAUCGGGACCAGGAAUCGUUCAUUUACUGUGGCGUUGAGCGGAGAGGGAAAAUCAGCUGGAGUUUAAAUUCAGCGUAAACGACUCUUCUGGAAACAGGUCUACGACCAAAGCUGUGACACACUCGUACCUUUCUUCUCUCCAGGCGUCAUGAGUAGUGAGCUGAACGUUCCAAUGGGCUCUCCGGCUCCUGGUGUCUCAGAACAGGCUGCGGACGGCAGGGGGAUGGACUACAGGGACUGGGUGAGGCGCAGUUAUCUGGAACUGGUCAGCUCCAACCACCACUCGGUACAGGCCCUGUCCUGGAGGAAACUGUACCUGAGCCGAGCCAAGCUGAAGGCCUCCAGCAGAACCUCCGCCCUGCUGUCUGGGUUUGCAAUGGUGGCCAUGGUGGAGGUGCAGUUGGAGAUGCAGUACAGUUACCCUCCCGUGCUCCUCAUCGCCUUCAGCGUUUGCACCACGGUGCUGGUGGCCGUUCACCUCUUUGCUCUGCUGAUCAGCACCUGCAUCCUGCCCAACGUGGAGGCCGUCAGCAACAUCCACAACCUCAACUCCGUUAGCGAGUCGCCACACGAGCGCAUGCACCAUUACAUCGAGCUCGCCUGGGGCUUUUCUACCGCCCUGGGGAUCCUGCUGUUCCUCACAGAGGUGGUGCUCCUCUGCUGGAUCAAGUUCUUGCCCGUCGAUUCCGGGGGCGUCACCAAGCCGGCCACCACAGUGGCCCCCGGCGUUACUAAACCCACGUCGGUUUCAUCAGUGGUGCAGAACAGCGGAUGGAAGGCUGCUCUCGCCUCCACCAUCAUCAUGGUCCCGGUGGGGGUGAUCUUCGUGGUCUUCACCAUUCACUUCUACCGCUCUCUGGUGCGCCACAAGACAGAGCGCCACCACCAGGAGAUUGAGGCUCUGCAUAAGAUCAAGAGUGAGCUGGACGGGCAGGAGAGGGGUCUGCAGGCUGUGUGAGACGGUGGCCGCAGCUUUGAGACACUUUGACUUCUGUCCCUCCUGUAAUUAUAAAAACAACACAUGAAGUCAGGUCACUGAUGUUUCCGUGUUUGGACUCAUAUGUUACUGUACGUGUCAGACGACUAACUUAUUCUGAAAGGUCAAUUUUCUGUCCCUGUAUUUGAGUUUUGUCUGUUUUCUGACCUGUAGUCUGUGUCAAAGAAACAUGUUUACAGCUAAAGGGCUAUGAGAUUUAAUGUGCCAUGUGAUGUUGGUUGACCUUGUGGUACAACAGUGGGAAAUGUGUUGUGAUAGUGGCUACAGUUAAAGUCUGGUCUCUGGUCAGAAUAAAACCUGGCACUGAAAAAAAAAAAUCACUUUCACCCAGAUUUGAGGUUUGGGUUCAGUCGUAAACAUUUCUCCUCUCGCAAACCAAAAGGCCAACAAUGAAACAACAUGGCAUCACUGUUUUCUUUUACUGAUGGGGGAAUUAGAGAUUGAAGGACUGCAGACCUCAGUCUCAAAAAUAAAGGGAGAGAAGUUUGGUUUUUACAUAAUUCUCAUCAUUAAAUAAAAAUUAGAUAUUUACUAUGUUUACUCCCAAGGACAUCACGCAGUGUGGUUUCUUUCAAAAUAAAAGCCUGGGUAAAAUUUCUUUAGGUAAAAUUAUGAUGUAAAAAUGGAACAGCCCUAAACACUUGGGUCUGUACUUUGGAUAAAUGUUUUUUUUUUACUUUGCUCUCUUUGUUGUUUUUUAUAUGCAAAGUGUCAAAUGGAUUUAAUAAGGGAUUCAAAAAUGUUGGAAGAUUUGUGCUUACAUUAAAUAUGCAGUAAAAUACUGUGUCUUAACCUGCUUCCUUGAGCACAAUGAAAGCUCAAAGCAGUCAUUCAGGUCGAGGGUUUUACUGUUGUUGACUGUUUAAAAACAAAGUUUAAAAGUCUUAAAUGUUCUUGUAAUUCUGUAAAGUGCUUCACGUGGCCAUCUAUUCAUGUUCCAAAACAAAAAAACAAAAAAAAAACUAUCGUCAAACAACUUUUAUUUUGUAACAA